UAGUUAAACAAGAUAAUCAAGAUAGUCCAAUUAAAAAUGGCAUAGAAGCAAAUUCCGAAACUGGAUCAAAAGAAAUUAAUAUAAUUAAAGAGAAAGAACCAUAAAAAAAAUUUACAAUUAUGACAUCAAUUUUUAUGAAUCAAUUUCUUAUUCCAAUCAUUUAUUCAUUUUCAUUUAAUUCAUUAUAUCUAUUUUCGUGUAAAUGUGUGUAUAUUCGAUAUAAUGUUUUUCUUGGAGUUAUUUAUAUCAUCAAUAAAUACUGCGUAUUUAUGUAUUUAUGUUAAUUACGACAUUACGGGUUUUUUAUUUUAGUUUAUAGAAUUUUGUGUAUUUUUAUAAUUAAUUUUUUAUAGAGGGAA